GUCAAAAGUAGAUGUCGCUCAAACUCGUCGGGCUGUAAAACUUUAGGAAUUCGUUUACGUGAACCCAACCCAAAAGUGUAGUUUUAUUAUAGUUUUUAAUAAUUUUUAGGUUGAUUUUUAUACUAUUUCAAUAAUUAAGUAUUUAAAAUGCAGACGAUUAAAUGUGUAGUGGUUGGCGAUGGAGCUGUUGGUAAAACUUGUUUAUUAAUUAGUUAUACUACAAAUAAAUUUCCUUCUGAAUAUGUCCCAACAGUUUUUGAUAAUUAUGCUGUAACAGUUAUGAUAGGUGGAGAACCUUAUACUCUAGGAUUGUUUGAUACUGCAGGCCAGGAAGAUUAUGAUCGACUUCGUCCAUUGAGCUACCCACAAACAGAUGUCUUCUUAGUAUGUUUUUCAGUUGUUAGUCCGUCUUCUUUUGAGAAUGUAAAAGAAAAGUGGGUACCUGAGAUCACACAUCAUUGUCAAAAGACACCAUUUUUGUUAGUCGGAACACAAGUGGAUCUUCGGGAUGAUGGUGCGACAAUAGAAAAACUAGCAAAAAACAAACAGAAACCUAUAUCAAUUGAACAAGGUGAAAAGUUGGCCAAAGAAUUAAAAGCAGUCAAGUACGUUGAAUGUUCUGCCCUAACUCAAAAAGGAUUGAAGAAUGUAUUUGAUGAAGCAAUCUUAGCAGCUUUAGAACCACCAGAACCAGUCAAGCGCAAAAAAUGUAUUAUUUUGUAAACCCGUUUCGGUAGAAAUAUCAAAAAUAUUUCUAAGGGACAGAAGGUCCUAAAUGAGAGACAAUUUAUCUUACAUAUAUAUAUCCACAGAUACGUGAAGUUGGCAUUCUUAAUUUACAGGGAAUUUUGAAAUUAAACAGUUACUUCUAUUAGACAGGGGCCAACUUCACUUACUUAUUUCAGCAACAGGUGUUGUCAAAUGGGCAAUAACUUCAUUUUUUUUAUUCCAGCAUACUCAAAUAUGUAUGGGAACAGUUUUUAGGAAUUGUAUUGUGUUGGCCAAGAAAGAAAGAGAAUGUGGGGGAAAAGACAGGUUUUAUUUUUUAAAUAUAAUAUAAUAAUUCAAAUUAUAAAUCGUUUUUCAAUAACCGCAGUUAUUAUUAAACAUCAGUCUAGUGCAACAAAGGAUUUCCCUCUACUUCUCUUUUUCUUUUACCUCUAGAUGAUAUAUUAGAGUUCGGUAACUCUCUUACUCAUUUCUUUCACUGUCUUUUGUCACCUUUCUCGUAAAGUUCUUUUUGUCCCAUUUUUUUUUCAUUUUGUCUUAGUUUUUUAAUGUUACCCGCCUCUAUUAUGUAUCAUCUUAAUAUGUCCUUGGAGUCUUAUUAUUCUUGAAUUUUUUUACCAACAAUGAACUGAUUCUUCAAUUCACAAUGAUCAAGUCUUGUAUAGGAUGUAGCAAACCUUCUGCCUGGACUGAAAUUGUCUUAAGCAUUCUCCCAUUCUCUUAUUUUUUUGUAAAUACUUUUUUUCUUGGAAAUAUAAUUUUAAUCGAUUGAUCGUUACAUCUCUAGCAUGUUAACACCUAUUUUUAAAAGUUUAUUAUAAGCAUUUAAAACAAAAAUUUGUAAGAUCCGAAUUGAAAUUUUUACUACAAGGAUGCGAGACUCGACUAACUUUAUCAUUUGAAAUGCAAAUUUGAAAAAAAAAAUAAGAAGGAAGUGAUUGAGACUAUUACUUUACUAAUUUUACUUGCAAUUAGUUGCUUAAACUAAUCUUUUGGUAGUAAAAAAAUUACCAGAAACUUUUAAAAGUUCACAGAUACCAUUUCUGUAAUGGAUUAAUCGAAAGAACCUCCAUUAAAUUGUAGGAACUAGUGAAACUUGCUUUCCUACAUUUUCUAAGAAACGCUUGUAUUGUUCAUCGAAAAAUGGCAAAGACUUAAACAAUUUCUGACCAUCUUAUGUCAUAUUGAAAUUAAAAAUUAAUAGUUAAUUUAAUAACUUUACAACUUCUAAGCUAAAAGAAACUAUUUAGUGUUACUAAUAUUAUACUGGUUUAGUAGUUACCACAAACUUCUGUCCACCUAACAUUCUUUUAACAUAAAUAUGAAUGUUUUCAAUUCGGUCAUUGUCAGCAUUUUCUUCUGUCUUCAUGUGCUCCAGAUUCUCUGAGCUCAGUGACAAGGGAAUAUACUUGAAAAUACUAAGCAUGGCUUUCUCAUGAUAAAUUUUGCUUUGUAGUUAAAUUAAAACAAGCGUGUUCUAAGCAUUAAUUUAAGUUAAAAGGAACUUCUUCCAAUACAAAAAGUUUUCCUCGAAAGGAAGCAAAUUAAAAAAGUGGAAAAAGGCUUUUUCUAUUGUGGAGAGAUAAAAAAAUAAAUCUGCAAGUAGUCCGGUCAAUUUAAACAUUCGAAGUUAUAUAAAUUCCCAUCAGUGAAAAACAUAAUUCAAAAUAAAAUUUGAAAGUUUCCAGAGGUCACAACUCAAAAAAAUGAGUUUUGCGAUUUUCAGCAAAUCGGUAAGUUUUAUCAUAAAAAUUGUAGAUUAUAAAAUUAUCUACAAAAAAAAGUAUCAAUACUUUUCCUACGAGUCACUGUUUCUGAGAUAUAGUGAUAUUCAAAAAGUUAUAAUCGUCAUAUGUACACGUUUCCACGCCACCUAUGAGGUAGUGUGCUUAGCGCGUUUUUUUAACGUUGUUUCCCCGGAAGGCCUAUUCCACGGGUCUGUUAUGAUCAUUUUUAAAAGUAAAAGCAAUUUAAAUAAAAAAAAAGUUGUGAAAUUUAAUCGUCCAAAUAGUAACUUACAAAUUAUUUUUAUUCAUUGUGAUUGCAUGUAGAUUGCGUCAAUAGCGAUGCAUUAGAGCACGACCGGCCUUGACAAGGUGUACAUGCCAGAGAACAAAGCCUUUUUUCGCAACCACAUUUAGAACUGCAUCUCUUUUGGCAGUUGCAAAAAAUUGUGUCCGGCAGUUUUUCCGGCGCAAGUGUAAAUAGAGUUUGAACGGGUUCUAAUUUAUUAUUGACUUCCAACCCUAGUUUGUUCGGUCUAGCGGAUAACCAAGCCACAUUCAAACUUGGUAAUAUACCCGAACAAGAUAUUGAUGAACAGCAGGUUGGAGAAAAACAAGUCAAUCAAAUUUGUUUUCUUACUUUUAGUAUUUUUAACGAAACUUGUAUAUUGAUACAUAUCUAAAUAGGUAGUUUAUUCAGGAACUCCGUACAUAAAAAGAAGAAAGCUAAUGCCGUUAGUAAUAACUUCUUGUUAAGUUAAAUGAUUAUUUUCAAAAAAUUCAGCAUAUUAUACUAAAUCUUGUUUAUAAAACAUUUUGGAAACUGUUAUUUUACCCAUUCUGUAAAAUGUAGAUAUCGCAUCACAAUUGCAGAUAAAAAUAGUACAUGAUUUUGACACUUGGCAAAAGUAGUUAAACUUUUCGAUGAAUAGAUUUCCGAUUUAUGUUGAGAUUUACCUGGUUUUAGGAAGAAAAUAGUUUUUUCAAUUGGAGUUCGAGCAGUGAGUAAUACGAGUAAGUCUACAUCUUCACCAACAACCAUAAAACUCAGCCACACGCACAAUUAAACAGGAGACAGUUGUUUUUGCAAAGUAACUAUAUAAACCUGCUAAGAGAUAAUGAAGAUAUAGUUGAAAAGAAUUUUUGUUUUUAUCAAUUGCCGAAUUACUCAUAAGAGGGAUGUGAUUAUAUAUCGGGUUGAAGGUUGAAACCACACAGUUUUUCACGACCAUGCAGUUUUCAUAAACAAUGGUUUUAAACAAUUGCACGAGGAGUCGGAAUGAUAGGUUAGAAUGAAAAUACUGAAGAAACUUCACCAAAACUCAAUAACUCAACAAAGUUAUUGUCUUCAGAAACCAAAAGUAGUUGAAGAGUAGAAAUUUCAAAUGCGCCCAAAAAUAGAAUCAUAGCUUCAUCCUUUUUUUGUUGACACUCAUGUGACUUCCUGUUGAAUAUUUGGAAAUCUAAAAACCCAUCCGUUUUCAGGUAGACUUUGAAUUCUCGUUUUACAGUGUAUUGUCGAUGGCACAUAGAUCCCUUCCGAAGGGAAUCUUAGUUAAAUUGGUACUCAGAAUGUUUGACAUUUCUAGUCUUUAAGAAGAUUUGUUCUCGCUUUUAUUGGCAGAAAUAAAGCUGGGUUUACACUAUAUAUAGCUAUAAAUAAAUUUGAUACCAUUCAGUGUAGCAAAGCUACAUAUAGCUUGGGAAAAACUGGAGUGUUCAGUUCCCAGUCAAAUGCCGAAUAAGAAGCUAGUUAUUGCAGCGGCCGCUGCUACUCAACAUAGAAAAUAGUCUUAAAUGUGCUAUAUGUAGCAGAUCUCCAGUAUCACUUUUUUAACUUGUAGUAGAGCUAUAUAGCUGUGCUACAUGCAGAUAUGCUACAUACUGUAAACCUUGCUCAAGUGAUCAUAGGGAAAAUGGUUUUUUCUAGUGUCCGAAGGUAUUGUAGAUAUAUAAAAAUUCCUAGUACUUCAGGAGCUUUUUAAAUAUGUUAAAAUACUAUUAUUCGAAAGGGCUUUCGUUAAAAAAAAUGUAUAUAGUCGAGUCUCAUCACAUUUUUUACUUUUUAUCUAAUUGUUUUAAAUGUAUGAUUUUUUUUGUUUGAAACACAGCUUCGUUUUUGGAUUUACAUAUAUAUUUAUUUAUUCAGAUUUCACUUUAUGUAAAAGAAAAUGGUGCUAACACAUUAAUAAGAUUUCGAAGAGGGGCAAAUAUAUUUAAAACAUUUCCAACUUAUUACAGGGUUCUCAGAAAAAUAAUCCGUUUCGUUAAUCCAUUAUGACAUUAGCAACUAACUAGAAAAGCAUAUAGAUCAUUCCUCGUAAUUGAAUUAUUAAAAUACUUCGGUUAUUUUUAGAAAUUUUCCAAGUUACAAUUCAAUCAGGAAACAACAUUUUUGAAAAAACUGUUUUAUAACGAUUAGUGGGUGAUUUGAACUGUAUCUAAGCUAAUUUCGGCUGCUCAAAACUGUUUCCUUACCACCACUAAAAAAGAAAAUAUAUCCUAAGGAGGUUGUAGAUUGAGGGUACUGUGAUCAGUCCAUUAUUUGUCGCUCAUUAUUAUCUUUUAUAAUUAAAGAAGCAGACGUAUCUCGAUUUAGAUUGAUACCAUGUCUUAUCUGAUCCUCUUCUUACUUUGAUAUGGUGAGUCAAAUGGAAUGACAAACUAAGAGUGCAAUGUCAAGAGGUGUCUCAAAGUGAGCGUUGAAAGAAUUAGGAGAAUUUUCAAAACUCAAGCAACUCGAACCUCUUAAAGCUUUCGCUUUAUUUUUUCUGUUUGCCACAUUUAUCUUAACGCUUAAAACGUCCCUUAAUCCAUUCCAUUUAGGUUUACGUUUAUAACGCUCUGGACUAAGUGGAAUGGGAAAUACCGUGGUUAUUGUCGUGAGUGCUUAGUAAAAUUUACAAGAUGUUAAUUCAGCUCAUUAUAUUCUAACCUAUAAAACACUUGCCAAUACAAAAGUGAAAUAAAAAUAAAUAAUAAACCGAAGUGAGUUAUUUCAGUAAAACGAGUUUGGUGCUGAAUCAGUAAGGGAGGAGAUAAAUUUCUCAAUUUGAGUAUAAUAAAAUGAGUUCAAAUUAUCUGGGUUUUCAUGUUAUAUGUGUAUAUAAGAUUUUUGUAGUUACUGCUCAUGUCGUAAUAAAAAAAGUUGCUCUUUUUGGUCCCCUGUAGUAUAAUCUCAAAUUAAAAAAAAAAAAAUAAAGUUGAAUAAUUUUUUUAACGCUAGAGCAUAAAUAUGUAUAUAUAUAUUUGAAAGGAUGGUCUUCUGCGUGUGUGAUAAUUUGUAAUUUUAUUUAACUUGCAUUUACGUUUGGAUUUUAAAAAGAAAAUGCGAAAAUAUUUUUAGAUCUUUAGUACUAAUUUGGCAUUUUAUUUAAGUGUGUACAGAAGUUUGAAUGUUUUGUAUUCUAAUAUAAAAGUUAUUUAAUACAUGAAAUAAACCUUUAUAUGUAAACUCAA